UGCCUGUGUUUCCUCGCAGAAACGAGAAGGAGCGCGCGAAAGCCCGCGUGAAGAAGAAAGAGGACCCGAGUGCCAUCAAGGAGCGGGAGGUGCCCCAGCAUCCCUCUUGUUUGUUCUUCCAGUACAAUACGCAGUUGGGCCCCCCUUAUCACAUCCUGGUUGACACUAAUUUCAUCAACUUCUCCAUCAAGGCCAAGCUGGAUCUAGUGCAGUCAAUGAUGGACUGUCUCUAUGCCAAGUGUAUUCCAUGCAUCACAGAUUGUGUAAUGGGUGAAAUUGAGAAGUUAGGACAGAAAUACCGUGUGGCGUUAAGAAUUGCCAAGGAUCCCCGGUUUGAGCGCUUGCCGUGUAUGCACAAAGGAACCUACGCGGAUGACUGCUUGGUACAGAGGGUCACGCAGCACAAAUGUUACAUUGUAGCCACAGUGGAUAAAGAGCUCAAGCGGAGAAUACGGAAAAUCCCAGGAGUGCCUAUAAUGUAUAUUUCCAGGCACAGAUACAAUAUUGAGAGGAUGCCAGAUGAUUAUGGAGCCCCUCGAUUCUAACCUGUCCAACCAAGCCAUUGAUGUCAGGACUCUGAAGGUCCUUCUGGUUCCAACCCUCCUGCUUUCUUUUUUGUUGGGACUCUGCUCGUGGGACUGUGGGUGACAUUGGACUGACUUUGUAGCCUUGAUCUUCUAAGAAAAAGCUACUGGGAAGAGUCUGUCUUCAUUCAUCCUUAUUCUGACUUGGCCUGAUUACCUAGGGCUGGGAAAAGC